ACGGCAGAACGACGGCUAAUCUGGAUCUUGGAACUCCGUAACAAGAGCCCUAUCCAGGGAACACUGGAAUGGCUUUUGCCCUGUGGCUAGGGCGUCGUCAUCGUCAGCUUUGUCUGGUCCGGUCCGUUCUGGCGUGAAGUUUCGGCCAGACAAGCUGGAGACCAAGGCCAAUCGCGGUCACGUUUUUCCACAAGCGACCCCUUCUCAGGCUUCAUCUCCAUCUGGCGUCCCCUUAAGCCUUGACCGUCACCACUUCGCUUCUCCUGAAUCUCCCCCACACCACGGUCUUCCUGUCUGUUCUGUAUCGAUUUCGAUUUCUCUUCCUCCUGUUCUUUCGCAUCGCACUCACCUCAACACCGUCACCAUGGCCGACGCAUUGACCGAAGAGCAAGUCUCAGAGUACAAGGAAGCCUUCUCCCUCUUCGACAAGGAUGGCGAUGGCCAGAUCACCACCAAGGAGCUGGGAACUGUCAUGCGCUCCCUUGGCCAGAACCCGUCUGAGUCUGAGCUGCAGGACAUGAUUAACGAGGUCGACGCUGACAACAAUGGAACCAUCGAUUUCCCCGAGUUCCUGACCAUGAUGGCUCGCAAGAUGAAGGACACCGAUUCCGAGGAGGAGAUCCGUGAGGCUUUCAAGGUGUUCGAUCGCGACAACAACGGUUUCAUUUCCGCUGCAGAGCUCCGCCACGUCAUGACCUCCAUCGGUGAGAAGCUCACCGACGAUGAGGUCGACGAGAUGAUCCGCGAGGCCGACCAGGAUGGUGAUGGCAGAAUCGACUACAACGAGUUCGUCCAGCUGAUGAUGCAAAAAUAAACUUCCCAAUACCCCUAUCUGGAUUCCGUUGCAGGAACGUGGCAGUGGCAUCCAGUAAAAACGUCCUUUCUCGGCCGGACCCGGGUUUUCGUUUCAGAGCUACAUAGCCGUUGAUUCAUGGUGCAAGCGUGGUUUGUAUAUCGCUCCUGUUUUGUCUCGCGAGGGAGAAAAGAGUGGAAAUGGACGGUGUGUGGGCCGCCAGUUGAGGGUGUUAUGAGAUGCCGGUAGCGAAGUAGAGAAGGUCCCUUUAAUUAUUUUCCUUGCCUGUGCACGAACCCUCGUCAAUCCCGCUUGAGUGGCCGAUCAUAUACUGUUGUUCCAAGUCUAUCGAAUUCUCAACCUAUCCCAGUGAUCUUUCCUCAGUUUCCCAUCGGGCCCCAUUGGAUCUUGUUCGUAGCCAGACGCGGUUGGAGAUGAUGGAUAUGACCCAAAGAUGACUUGC